AGAAGCAAGAAAACAAAGACCCUGAGACUGUGACAGAGAUGUACGGGGAAAGAGAGGGGGAAGAACAGGGGGAGAGAGAAGAUGAAGUCUAUCUUGAGAACAAAGAAAGGAUUAUUGAAGAGGAAAAGACAACUGAGGCACAGUGGGACAUGGAGGAAGAGGAUGGUGUGACUGAGACCAAGGAAUACAGUUCAGGUGAUGGUGACGAGGAGACUGGCAGCGAGGAGAUAGAGGAAGAAUUUGAGCUAGAGAGGGAGAGAGAGAGACAGGAGAUGGAAAAAGAAAGGAUGGAACUGGAACAAGAAAGAGAAGAAGAACUGGAAAGGGAGAGAGAGCUCGAGAGAGAGACAGAGAUGGAGCAAGAAGAAAAGGAGGAGAGAGAGAGACAGUUACAAAGACAAAGAAUGGAAUGGGAGAGACAAAGAGAGAAGAUGGAGAGAGAGAGGAAGGGAGAGACAGACCGAGAAGAAGACAUGGGGCCCCGUAUUUCCCACUGUGAUUACCUUAAAGGACCUCCAGGUGAAAAUGGAAAACCAGGCCCUAAGGUUCGGCAAUCUUUUUCAUUAUAUGUCGGAACGAUCUGUUCUUACUAAUAAAGCAUGAUAGUCCCAUCCUGAGCAAUGUUCUCGUCAGCUCUUAUUAGUGUCUGAGCUCUGUGUGUUCCCAAACCAAAGUCUGUUAGAUAAUCA